AUGGAGGUGUUGGGAUUAAAGACGGGCGCCCGACUAGGGGGGAACAUCAUCAAGCGCUUUGAGCAGAAGGGCUUCCGUCUGGUGGCCAUGAAGCUCGUUCAGGCCUCCGAGGAACACCUGAAGCAGCACUACGUUGACCUGAAAGACCGCCCUUUCCUCCCAGGGCUGGUGAAGGACCUGAACUCGGGACCCAUUGUGGCCACGGUCUGGGAGGGGCUGAAUGUGGUGAAGACGGGCCGGGGGAUGCUGGGAGAGACCAACCCAGCGGAUUCUAAGCCAGGCACCCUCCGAGGGGACGUCCGUGUUCACUUGCGCAGGAACACCAUUCACGGCAGUGACUCGGUCAAGAGCGCCGAGAAAGAAACCAGCCUCUGGUUGAAGCCGGAGGAAUUGGUGGACUGCAAGUCCUGCGGCUGUGACUGGGUCUACGAGUCAGAGGCGGACAAAGCAGUCCCAUCCCCGUGGGCCCACUGGCACGGUGCCUGUCCUGUGGACAGCGCUUCUUCUGGGCUUAGAAGCAGAGUGUGGUGCUUUAGCGAACUGUUUUUUAUAAAAGAACCGCAGGAUGUGACUGUCACAAGACAGGACUCAGUCAUCUUAGAUUGCCAGGCUCAUGGAGAAGUUCCUGUUAAGGUCACGUGGUUGAAAAAUGGCGCAAAGGUGUCUGAAAGUAAACGGAUCCAGGUUCUGUCGAAUGGCUCCUUAUACAUCAGCGAGGCGGAAGGCAAGCGAGGGGAGCAGUCUGAUGAAGGGUUCUACCAGUGUUUGGCAGUGAACAAGCACGGAGCCAUUCUAAGUCAAAAAGCGCAUCUGACCUUAUCAACUAUUUCUGCAUUUGAAGUUCAGCCAGUAUCCACUGAGGUCCACGAAGGUGGAGUUGCUAGAUUUGCGUGCAAGAUUUCCUCAACCCCUCCUGCAACCAUAACCUGGGAAUUAAAUCAGACAACUCUACCUAUAGCUCUGGACAGAAUAACUGCCCUACCAACAGGGGUAUUGCAGAUCUAUGAUGUUGGCCAAAAGGAUGCUGGGCUUUAUCGCUGUGUUGCUACUACAGUAGCCCACAGACGUCAAAGUAUGGAGGCUUCCCUGAUGGUGAUUCCAGCUAAGGAGUCUAAGCCCUUCCACACACCAACCAUCAUUGCAGGGCCGCACAACGUAACAGCCUCCCUUCAUCACACAGUUGUUUUGGAAUGCAUGGCCACAGGAAAUCCCAGACCAAUCAUUUCGUGGAGCCGUCUUGAUCACAAGUCCAUUGAUGUCUUUAAUACCCGGGUGCUUGGAAAUGGCAAUCUCAUGAUAUCAGAGGUCAGGCUGCAGCACGCCGGAGUGUAUGUUUGCCGGGCCACGACCCCGGGUACACGGAACUUCACGGUUGCCAUGGCAACGUUGACUGUGUUAGCGCCUCCUUCGUUUGUUGAGUGGCCAGAAAGUCUAACGAGGCCUCGAGCCGGCACUGCUCGAUUUGUAUGCCAAGCAGAAGGAAUCCCCUCACCCAAGAUGUCCUGGUUGAAAAAUGGAAGGAAGAUCCAUUCCAAUGGUAGAAUUAAAAUGUACAACAGUAAAUUGGUAAUUAACCAGAUCAUCCCUGAAGAUGAUGCUAUUUAUCAAUGCAUGGCGGAGAAUAGCCAAGGAUCGGUUUUAUCUAGAGCUAGACUGACCGUAGUAAUGUCAGAAGACAGGCCCAGUGCUCCCUAUAACGUGCAUGCAGAAACGAUGUCAAGUUCAGCCAUCCUUCUAGCGUGGGAGCGGCCACUGUAUAACUCAGACAAGGUCAUCGCGUACUCUGUGCACUACAUGAAAGCAGAAGGUUUAAAUAACGAAGAGUACCAAGUAGUCAUCGGAAAUGACACGACUCAUUAUAUAAUUGAUGACUUAGAACCUGCCAGCAAUUACACUUUCUACAUUGUGGCGUACAUGCCAAUGGGAGCCAGCCAGAUGUCUGACCAUGUGACACGGAACACGCUAGAGGAUGUUCCCCUGAGGCCUCCUGAAAUUAGCUUGACGAGUCGAAGCCCCACAGAUAUUCUCAUCUCCUGGCUGCCAAUCCCCGCCAAGUAUCGGCGGGGUCAAGUGGUGCUGUAUCGGCUGUCUUUCCGCCUAAGUACCGAGAACACUAUCCAAGUUCUGGAGCUGCCAGGGACCACGCACGAGUACCUUUUGGAGGGUCUGAAACCCGACAGCAUCUACCUAGUCCGGAUAGCUGCUGCCACCAGAGUGGGCCUGGGAGAAGCUUCUGUGUGGACUUCCCACAGGACACCCAAAGCUACAAGUGUGAAAGCCCCCAAGUCUCCGGAGUUGCAUUUGGAGCCUCUGAAUUGUACGAGCAUCUCUGUGAAGUGGCAGCAAGAUGCUGAGGACACCGCAGCCAUCCAGGGCUACAAGCUGUACCAUAAGGAAGAGGGCCAACAAGAGCACGGACCCAUCUUCCUGGAGGCCGGCGUCCUUCACUACACGCUCAGUGGUUUAGACCCCAGAAGAAAGUAUCAUGUGAGGCUGCUGGCUUAUGACAACAUAGAAGAUGGCUACCAGGCUGAUCAAACCGUUAGCACACCAGGAUGCGUGUCUGUUCGUGAUCGCAUGGUCCCUCCUCCACCACCACCCCACCAUCUCUAUGCGAAGGCUAACUCCUCUUCCUCCAUCUUCCUGCACUGGAGGAGGCCCGCAUUCACCACUGCGCAAAUAAUUAACUACACCAUCCGCUGCAACCCUGUUGGCCUGCAGAACGCUUCUCUGGUUCUUUACCUUCAAACAUCAGAAACACACAUGUUGGUUCAAGGUCUAGAACCAAAUACCAAAUAUGAGUUUGCUGUUCGACUGCAUGUGGACCAGCUCUCCAGCCCCUGGAGCCCUGUAGUCUACCAUUCUACACUUCCGGAAGCGCCAGCAGGCCCACCGGUUGGAGUAAAAGUGACAUUGAUAGAGGAUGACACUGCCCUGGUUUCUUGGAAACCCCCCGAUGGCCCAGCAACGGUGGUGACGCGCUACACCAUCUUGUACGCAUCCAGGAAGGCCUGGAUUGCGGGCGAGUGGCAGGUCCUACAUCGAGAAGGGGCAAUAACCAUGGCUUUGCUAGAGAAUCUGGUGGCAGGAAAUGUGUAUAUCGUCAAGAUCUCUGCGUCCAAUGAGGUGGGAGAAGGACCCUUUUCAAAUUCCGUGGAGCUGGCUGUUCUUCCAAAGGAGACUUCUGAAGCCAAUCAGAGGCCCAAGCGUCUAGACUCUGCUGAUGCCAAAGCUUACGCAGGUUAUUACCAUCUGGACCAGAAAUCCAUGACGGGCAUUGCUGUAGGCGUGGGCAUAGCCCUGACCUGCAUCCUCAUCUGUGUGCUCAUCCUGAUAUACAGAAGCAAAGCCAGGAAAUCAUCUGCUUCGAAGACAGCACAGAGUGGCACUCAGCAGUUGUCUCGGACCAGCACGGCCUUGGCCAGUGGGAGUGAAGUGGUGAAGUGCCUGGAGGGGGCUGUGGAAAAUGAAGAGCCCUUAAUGCCAGUGACCAUGCCCGGCACCUUCAUCGACGCAAAGGGAGGAACUGACCUGAUAAUUAAUAGCUAUGGCCCUAUAAUUAAAAACAACUCUAAGAAAAAAUGGCGUUUUUUCCAAGAGUCUAAGAAGGCAAAAGCUGAGCAGCCUCAAAGAAGAUUUCCUCAGACCGUCUGCUUGUACCAGCCAGGCACUACUGUACUGAUCCGUGAUGGAGACUCCCCCAGCCCCCCAGGCCAGAUGGCCACUUUCCCAAGGCCCUUCGGGGUGCCAGCUGAUACUGAGCAUUCAGCCAACAGUGAAGGCAGCCACGAGACCGGGGAUUCCGGAAGGUUUUCCCACGAGUCCAAUGACGAGAUACACCUGUCCUCAGUCAUCAGCACUACACCCCCCACCUCUGAUUCCUUCUCUGGCAGUGAUUCAGGUGGGCACCCUACAGUGAGGAAGCACGAAGACCCUGCCGUGGCUUCCGUCGCUGGGCAGACUUCCCCGUCCGUUCUGCGGCCCCCGCCUGCCGUGCUGCCUUUUGAUACAAAUGACUUCCCCAUCUAG